UCUUCAGUAGCCAGCCACGGGGCAAACCAAGCGGUCCAGAAAGCGUGUUGUCUACCGUGUUCCGAAGAUCAUUUCCCCUUGUUUUGUUUUUGUUUUAACUUUUUUUCUGGUGCUGGUGAGGACAGUGCUCCGUGUGAUUCUGUGGCGGUGCAUGACUCUCCCGUUGACCGCAUGAUAGGUCACGUGACCCGGCUGCUGCUCCUUGGCUGCCUGCUCGGCCCGAUAGGCAAUGUGCCGCGGAUCGAGGCCCUCCACCGCUGGAGCCCCAUGAUGAAGGCCUUUCGCUAUCUGCAGGAGACAAUGCUCCGCAACAGUCUGGAGCGGGCCCAUCUCAACCACGGCAUCGUCUUCGAGUGCCGCACCAUAUCAGCUAAGGAUUUCGGCAAUGAAGUGCACUUCAAUCUGCAACUGGGCGAUCUACGAGGAUUUCGGCGGCUGGAUCCUAACAAAAAGUUGGCUUUGUUUCUGCAUGGAUGGAACGACCAAGGAAGUAAGGACUGGGUGCAAGAACUCUUGCUGACUUGGACCCUUUUCGACUCGAACUACAAUGUGUGCGUUGUGGACUGGGGAAAUCUGUCGCAGAAUGACUACAAGUCCGCCUCCAUGUCGAUCUUCGAUGUGGGCCUCACGGUGGCGGGAAUUAUAAUGGCACUGGAGGAGCUGCGACCGAAUCACUUUCAUCGAAGUAACGUCACCUUGGCGGGCUACAGUUUGGGCGCCCAUGCCGCCGGCUACGCGGGAGCGGUACUCGAGGGCCGGGUGGAGCAGAUCAUUGGGCUGGAUCCAGCCGGACCCCUGUUCUCGCUGCCCGCCGAGGUGUCGCCCAAGUACCGCCUCGAUCCCGGCGAUGCCCAGUUCGUCCAGGUGCUGCACACUUCGGGCGGCUCCUUGGGCACGAGUCUGAAGUGCGGACAUGCCGACUUCUAUCCCAACGGCGGCAGGGCCCCACAGACCAACUGCAAGAUGUUCGCCAAUCUGAGGGAUAUGCAGAACACCAAUCCCAUUGCCUGCAGUCACUCGGCGGCGGCGAUUUUCUUCCGCCAGUCGAUGGAUCCCGAGUAUCCGUUCGUGGGCCUCGAGUGCGGCAGCUACCGGGAGUUCUCCGCCGGAUAUUGCGAUGGCAACCGGAAGGCGCGCUUCGGCAUCCAUUCGCAGAGGCGUGCGCAGGGGAGCUUCUACUUCCGCACCGCCCCCCAGCAGCCCUACGUGCAGAGGCGUCAAACGAAUUUCCUGAGCGGAGAGGGGCGCAUGGCCAGCGGCAGGGGGACGAAGGUCAUCGGUAGGUGGCCAAAGGUCAACGGAAACUUAAAUGGAAACCCCCUUGUGCUGCGCCUCUGGACGAACAGCUGGCGGCGGCGAAAGAGAGAGAGAGAGAGAGAGAGAGAGAGAGAAAAGAUCGCUGUGCGUGAAUUAGUUCCUAGUGUGUUUUGUUAGUGUUAUGUGGCCCCCCCAACAAAUAAACCCAGCCUUUAAGUGUGCUGUUUUUUUUUCACUGGAACGGGAAUCCCAAUAAAGUAUCUGGUUAAAAGUAAAUUGAUUAAAAUAUAUUCAAGGCAUACAUACAGCUGCGGUGGAAUUAUGUAGUAGUAGGUCUCAAAGUGCAUAGGACAACUUUUCCUUUAGUUUAAAUGAGGUUUAAAAAACCAUUGAUAUUGUUUUAGUUUCUCAAGGAAAAUGAAAUCAGUUAAUUAAUGAUUUAAAUGCACUUUGUAACACACAAAACAGUAGUAAAUGAUUUCAAAGCAUUGAUAAAAUAACCAUACAUAUAUAUUCGUUCAUUUGCACUUUGUAUUAUAGUGCAUAUUUGCAUAUUUUAAAUACAAAUUUAAAAACAUUUAAUCUUUAAAAAAUAUUCUGAGAUAUGCUUGAACUAUUUAGUUUAUAGUAUAAUCUUUACAAAAAUAUAAAACAUAUAUGAAAAGGUAUUUCCAAACUAUUUUUGGCUGCUAUUUGCAUCAGCAAAAAAAGCUUUGUUUUCUUUUAACCGCAGUUGUAUUAUUAAUGCCGUCUGUUACUCAGUACAAUAUAAAGCUCAAUAGGUAUCUUUUUUUAACAUCGUCUUAUUUUUACCACCAUCCCUAGUGGUAAACAUUUCCGUGCAAUUUGGCAGGCAGCCGCUUUUCUCCAUGUUCUUGUAAAGUGCAUACAAACAAAUGAAAAACAAGAAAAGCAAACACACAUGUGGAAAAGUCGUUGACUUGCAGCCACAAAACGGUGAAAAGUCGGCUGCAUUUAACAGUUAAUCGUAAAGCAAAAAUGCGAAAAAAAAACAAAAACAAAAUGGACGAACAAAAACAAGCAGCAGAAAACAAUAAACUGAAAUUCAAUUUUCGCAUUGUAAAACAUAAUUUUCUACAAAACUUGACGUCAGCUUGGCCCGCUUUUUGCUAAAAGGUAGUUAAUAUUUUUGCAGUCCAUUGCGGCCGUGCCCUCUCCCUCUAUUUCGCUCCUUCCCUCUCUCUACACUUAAAAUAAAAAC